AAUCAACAAAAACACCUAACCAACAACAACAAUGUCUAACAGCGAGUUAAGUGAACUAAUUGCCAUGGGCUGUCCCGACCUUGGUUCGACAAAUAGCAAUGGUGUUACCGCCUCGCAUAUUGUCGAUGAAAAACGUCGUCUUAGUGUCAAACAAAUGACAGCCACAGAAUUGGCUGCUGCCCGUGCGGCAGCUGCUUUUGAGAUUAAAAACGCCCUGGCCAAAGCCAAAGAUGUUGGCCUGAUACUUAGUGCUCCGGCCAGCAGUAGCACAUCCCUGACAAAAAAUAAUAGCGUAUCGAGCUUCCACAGUGAACCGCCAGCUGCACCCAGUAGUCUGUCGAAGACCAGCAGUGAGACGAGUUUUUUCUCAACCAACACCACACAGGUGGAGUGGACAAAUAAAUUUGAAGAAAAUUCAGAUGCAUCUUCUUCGGAGGAGGAAGAGGAUUCACCACAAAAAGAUGUUGAUGCAAAAGAAAAAGAUCGCAAACAUUUACAGGCUGCAAGGCCAAAGUUGUUACCCUCUUCCCCAGCUCCCAGGGAACGUAUAACUUCGCUACCCUCUCUCCUAGAUGAUGGCAUGGAAGAUCACUUCCUUUCGCUAAGCUCCUCAGCCGCUCCCUCAUCUGCUGGCACCGAUCCCGGCUCGGCCUCAGCUGCUGGCAAUUUGAAUCUCCCUCCCAAAUCAUCACCCUCAUCACAACAACAAUCCGAUGAAAAUAUACCCGCAGGAUUUUUCAAGCACCCAUUAAAUAAUUCCGAUAUCUCUUUGACGGAUCUGAAUAGUUCGGAACGUUUUAAAAGUAAACGUCCCUCGAUAUUGGAUUCCAUUGAGUUGCUAAGGAAACAACGUCGUGAUCGUGAGGAUAGCCGAGAACGACGCUCCGAUUCCCUACCCGAUGAUGAUCGUUUUGUGCGUAACAAUGAACGCAGCCCUGUUCCGGAUCGUUUAAAUUCGGCCAGCAAAGAUCCUAGCCGACGCGGCAGUAAUGCCAGCAAUAUCAGUGACAUGUCCGUAUCGGCCACCGUCACUUUGCCACCAACUCCACCCCUAACACCUUUCCCCUUGGCCAAGACAGCCUCAGCUCCGAAUAUGGAGAGGCGUAGAAGCAGCUUGGCUGGUCUCUUCCCAGGACCCUCUCCCUUAAUUGCCAAUGAACCAGUCCUUCACACAGAUCCCAAAGUUCAAGAAGAACUAACCAAAGAGGAGAUUAAAGAAAUUGCCGAAGAAACGCUACGCCGGGAAAUACCCACUGGAAAAAUGGUACAUCGUACCAAAACCCCACCACCUGUGGGCGUAAGCCUUGGCGUUAAUCUCAAAAAGGUUGCACCACCAAGUUCCAAAAUUACCGUAAAGAAAAAUGAAGGACCCAUGUUGGGUGUGGUGCUGCGCAAAGUGGAGCGUAAAGUAGAACCCCAAAAAAGUAUUCUCGAUGAUGAUAAGCCCCUUUAUCAUCUCUCCAUUGUGCGCAGUGAUGGUAAGGAGCAUAAACCCUCCUCCUCGUCGUCGUCAUCUUCGUCCUCCAAACCCAAACCGAAACCGGUGCCAUUACAAAAAUCUGCCACCAUUGCUAGUAAACCAAAUCCAGGUGGUAUUCUAACCGGGCCACAGGGACAACGUCCGGCCACAGCACAUCAUCCCCCUGCUGCCGCUCAACAGGUACCCGCUAAACCCGGUAGACCUAUGCCUGGUGUACCAAUAACCAUACAAAAGAUCGAAGGUGAUAAAAUUAUUAUCAUCAAGAAAAUUAUCGUACCGAAAAAUUCCAAAAUACCGGAACAAUAUCUUAAGGUUGGUUCAAACGUGUUCGAUGUUGUCCCCGCCGUUUGCGCAGUGGUGUUUUCGAACAGUGUUUUUGUCCAAUACAUGUAA